AGCUAAAUAGGUAACUUGCAGCUAACGACAUCAAUCAUCGAGGUUCAAAGAUCGCAAAAUGUCGCUUCGACAACUUUCUCUUCGCCCUGGUUAUAUCCGAUUGGCCUCCUUUGUGUUCAAGACGUCAUAUACCUCAAUAUGCGGCAUUCGAUACUCGAGCACGGCCCCGGCUACAGUUGUCGAUAGGUCAUUCUGGCGAAACUUGGUACCGAAGCCACUGAGAAAGGAAAAUCGCCAAUUAAGGAAGAAGUCCAAGGAAUGGAAUCCCGCGACAUUCUUUAUUGCCAUAUUUCUUCUUAUCGGGUCCAUGUCGAUUCAAAUGAUUACUUUACGGAAUUCCUUUGAUCGAUAUAUGCGACAGUCAGAGGCUCGAAUUGCAUCCUUACGGGAAGUUGUCGAGAAAAUCCAACGAGGCGAGCCGGUUGAUGUGGAGGCGGCACUUGGAACUGGCGAUCCUGCAAAGGAAGCCGAUUGGGAAGAGAUGUUGAAGGCAAUCGAACGUGACGAAGCAAUUCGCAAGUCAAAACGAGAGAAGCCAGAGCGAAGUGAGCCUGCAAGCAUAACCUCGUCAACCUCAAUCCAGAAUGCAGAGACAGUCAAGUCUGCACCGACAAACGCAAAACCCGGAGGUCUCGGCAAUUUCAUUUAGACGUGUGAAUCUAUACACUGAUAGUCUCCUUUCAUGAUAGCAUAUCCUUGAACACACCACGAUUUCCGAAGGAAGCUUGUAGUGGCGCCCGUUUUGGUACCUCUGAUGGCGCAACAUCGUUGCGCAGUGCAGAAAGAAGAGCUGGAAGGAGAUCGUCCGUCGAUAGUGCAACUCUCACGCCCUGCUCACCCUCUUGGUUGGGAUCCAUACCCGCGAAGAACUUAUCCUCGCCUCUGAUUCCGCCCAUGCUGAUAAUGGCGAUGGGCAUACCCCGGUCCUGAGCUCGCUUGGCAAGCCUCCAAGCUGAAUAAGUGGCAAGAGAGGUUCCAACAACGAGAAGCUUUCCCGCAUUGUCAAUGGCUUCCUCGGCAGCGUGUUUGACAUGAUUGUCAAUGCUUUCUCCGAACAUGACCACCGCGGGCUUCAGAAUUCCCGCAGUGCUGGGAAGCUUCCAUGCACCAUCUGUGUCAACCUGGACGACAUGUUGAUGUCCGUCAGCAUUCCUUGGGGGACUGGAUAAGCAUUUGGGACAAGAGGGGUAUCUAAAGGUUGUAUAGGGAGCAUCUGGCAGAUCCACAUCGCCGUCGGGGUUCACCUUUAGGCCUUUGAACCUGCGCUCGACUGGGUCUUCAGUAUCUAAUGCCCCUGACUUGAGGGCCCUCUCGAGCAACUCGGCCCAUUUAGGGUUGAGGGUGGACAAUUUCUCCUGGAAUUCAUCUCUGGAGAAUUCGUUUUUACAAGUCGUGCAGACAACGGCUCUUAGGUACCCAUGUAAUUCUAAAGUUGGUAGAUCAGGAUGAGCUCUUGGAUGGAACGAGUCAACAUUUUGAGUAAUGACACUGCGUAUCAGACCAAGAUUCGCGAGAUCUCUUAUAGCAUAGUGGCCGCUGUUUGGUGAUGCCUUUUGGAGAUUAGACCAGCCUAGAAAGCUCCGAGCCCAG